AUGCGGCGGGACCUGCGGGUUCGGGGCCGGCGUCGCACCGCGCAUGCGCACGCACAGGGCGCGGGGGGGCCCCAGGACCUGAGGUUCGAGCCCCGCCCCCGCCGGCAGCGCUGCGGGUGUCUGUCUGUCCUCUCCUCUCUGAGGGGCGUGCGCGAGGCCCUGACCCGCGGCGCCCGGCUCGCACCCGGGGCCUCCCCGCGCUGCACGACGCCCGCGCCGAGGGGGGGGGCCCGGCAGGACUGGCGGCCGCGAGCACCCAGCGCCCUCGCUCCCCCGGGACGGGACGCGCCCACGACCGCGCUGGGGGUCACCCGCCUUUCCUCCCGCAGCUCCGGGCGCCGCUGGGGGGGGGGACGCCGCUUCCCGGGCGGAGCAGCCCACCGCGAGGCCGAGCCGGGCCGCCGACUUCCGGUGCGAACGCUCUUCCCGGCGGCCCCCGCGCCCGCCCGUCCCCCCGCCCGCGACGGUGGCCGGCAGAGGCCAAACUUCUCGCGAGAAGGGGCGCGCGAAGCGGUCCCUCGCGGUGCAGCCGAGCGGCCCGAGCCGGGGAUGGAGCCGGGCGGCCUGGUGUUCCGCGGGCUGCACGGCCGCUCCCGGGAGACGACCAAGCUGCGGAAGAGAAAGUCAGCUUUGUACCUCAGCCCUGCGGAGGCCAGCGGGCGCAGAGAUCUCCCGGGUGCGAAUUUCCACCUGGCUUUGUCUGCCGUAGCGCUGCGGAUAUGUAACUGCUUCCUGGUCCAGACGAGCUUUGUCCCAGAUGAAUACUGGCAGUCGCUUGAAGUCGCACAUCACAUGGCUUUCAAUUAUGGUUACCUGACCUGGGAAUGGACAGAAGGAUUGAGGGGUUACACUUACCCCUUAUUCUUUGCAAGCAUUUAUAAGAUUCUGCAUCUUUUUGGGAAAGAUAGUGUCCAGUUGCUGGUAAGUUCUAAUAUGAGUCAUCAAAAUGAUUACUAGAAAGUAGAUUUAAGGGGGCUGGGUGGUAGUGCACUGAGUUAAGCGCACAUAGUGAGAAGCGCAAGGACCAGCACAAGGAUUCUGGUUCAAGCCCCGGCUCCCCACCUGCAGGGGAGUCACUUCACAGGCAGUGAA